CGCCUCCCGGAGGUUUCAGUCUAGUUCACAGACCCGGCGUAGGCCUUCAGACCGCAGCGGCCCUCGCGGGGAGGUGAACAGGACUGCGGCCGCCGCGCCCCGGGCAGCGACGUCACCGCCCUUGCCGGGGAUUGGCCGCCUCGCGUCGCGCGCCCUUCAUACGUUUUCUCCCCGUGGCUGUCGGCGCCCGCUGGGCGGGAGGCAUAUUCGGAGGCGGCAGCUCUGCGCCUCGGCGUUUCCUCCAAGGCUGCCCACCGGAAGGACCUGUCCGAGAGGGUGGAGAGCAUAGAGUCAAGAUCAAGAUAAGGCCACUCCAGCCCCUGGAAGGCCAGAGACUUGCCAGUGUCCCACUAGCGGGCUCUUCACAAGAAUCUCCCUGGGCCCGCCGCAGCCAGGUGGCGGACUGCAGAGGGCGCUGCUGGGGCAUGGCGGAGGAGCGGCCAGGGGUCUGGUUCGGCUUCGGUUUUUGCGGCUUCGGGCAGGAGCUGGGCUCCGGACGCGGGCACCAGGUGCACAGCCCCAGUCCGCUGCGGGCGGGCGUCGACGUCUGCUGCGUGAGCGCGAGCUGGAGCUACACCGCCUUCGUGACUCGUGGAGGCCGCGUGGAGCUGUCGGGCUCAGUCAGCGGCGCGGCGGGCGGCUGCAGGGACGCGUGGGCCUCGGAGGGGCUCCUCCUGGUGCUGCGCGCUGGGCCCGGGCCGGAGGCGUUACUGCAGGCCUGGGCGCCCGACUCGGCGCUGCGUGGAGAGCCCUUGUGGGCCCACAAUGUGGUGCCCGAGGCCAAAGGGGAAGACGAUCCGGGCGGUGAGGCGCAGACUGGGAGGCUACCCCUGUUGCCCUGCGCCCGUGCCUACGUGACCCCGCGGCCUCCCUUCUACCGGCCUCUGGCUCCGGAGCUGCGGGCGCGCCAGCUGGAGCUGGGCGCCGAGCACGCGUUGCUGCUAGACGCGGCUGGUCAGGUGUUCUCCUGGGGCGGGGGCAGGCAUGGACAGCUGGGCCAUGGGACCCUGGAGGCAGAGCUGGAGCCACGGCUGUUGGAGGCGUUGCAGGGCCUAACCAUGGCUGAGGUGGCCGCGGGGGGCUGGCAUUCUGUGUGUGUGAGUGAGACUGGGGAUAUUUAUAUCUGGGGCUGGAAUGAAUCGGGGCAGCUGGCCCUGCCCACCAGGAACCUGGCAGAGGAUGGAGAGACUGUCGCAAGGGAAGCCACAGGACUGAAUGAAGAUGGUUCUCAGGUGAAGAGAACAGGCCGGGUUGAGGAUGGAGCCCCUGCCCCCUUCAUAGCUGUCCAGCCCUUCCCAGCAUUACUGGAUCUCCCCUUGGGCUCAGAUGCAGUCAAGGUCAGCUGUGGAUCCCGGCACACAGCUGUGGUGACACGAACAGGGGAGCUCUACACCUGGGGCUGGGACCAACCAACUCAAAAAGUGACUGGGGAAAAAAAGAAAACACCACACUGUAUCUUUUUGAAAUGUGGAAGCAGCAACUGGCUGCAGAGAAAGGAAAGAGAUCCAUGUAUCCUCCUCCUAAUGAACGUGCACAUACAAUACCUGCACUGGUCAACGGCUGAGACUAUCUUUAUAUUCAUGUCUAUAAUCCUAUACUUUUUAGUUAAAAAAAAAAAAUAUAUGGGGCUGGGUGUGGCUCAGGCCUAUAAUCCCAACACUUUGGGAGGCCAAGGCAGGAGGAUUGCUUGAGGCCACAUGUUCAAGACCAGCCUGGGCAACAUAACAGAACCCCAUCUCUAGAAAAAAAUUGUUUUAAAUAUGAAUUCUUGAUUUACACAACACCUAUCUUGUGCAUAGUCUAAUAAAAUAUUUGAAAGACUGUGUUUUACCACAUACUUUUCAACAUCUCUAUUGAGUACUUGGCAUGUCUAGUGAUCUGGUUUCACUGGGCUGGAACCCACAUGUAGGGGAUCUAGCUCCAUACCAGCUGAAGACUGGGCUUGGAAUUGAGUCCACAGUGACCCUGCCUGAUCUUCAGUUUCCCAGACAUCCCAGUGCUUCUCAUGGUACCAGUGGGGCUCAGAGUGACUGUUCUCUUUUUUUGCACAUUAAUUUUGGACCAUUAUUUAAUGGUGAGCUAGCUUUGUAUCUGUCAACUCUCAGUAUGUAAGUAAGAACCAAAUCUAGGGAUCUUAGAAUCCAGAACAAGUAGGUGGGGCCUCUGGGUGAACAGGCUAGGGAUGCAUGUGAGGAUGUGCUUAGACACAGGGCAUACUAACCUUGCUGCCAGAAGGAGGAAGUCGAGACACAGGGGAGUGGUAGAUUGUCCCUCCAAAGAUAGGCCGAAUGCUACUAUUGGCCGUAGCAUUGGACAUGGUGGUAGUGUUCAGCUAGAGAGAAGAACACAUGGGUUACUUAUGUGCAGUAAUAUCCUCAGCAUUUCCAGCAACCCGUCUCUACCCUACAGAGAAAUGACUAUUGGAGGCAGUCCAGGGAAGAUGGGUUUGCAUGGUGAAGGGCCUGCUGUGUCUAAUACUGCACAGGUUUGAAGAAACCUGUGGAAAGUUUUCAAAGCCUAUUGAUAUCCAGCAAAUGGAAAUGUAAAAUGGUACAACCACUGUGGCACAAGACAUCUAGCAUACGACCCAGCCAUUCUACUCUCAGGUGUGUCUACCCAAAAGAAACAAAAGCAGAGAUCCAUACAAAGACUUAGAUGUAAAUGUUCAUAGCAGCUACCUGCAACAGCCAAAAGCUGGAAACAACCAAAUACCCAUCAGCAGGUAAGUGGACAAACUGUGGCAAAUUCAUACAGUGGAAUGAAUAUUGAUCUGCAAUAAAAAGGAGUGACCUUUUGAUACAUGCAACAACAGAGAUGAAUCUAUACUAAAUGAAAGAAGCCAGACAAAAAAGAAUAUAUACUGCGGGAUUCUAUGUAAAAUGUUUCAAAAUGCAAACAUCUGUAAUUAAAGAGUAAAUUCCUACUUGCCACAGCUCGAGGCUGGGGGCAAAUCAGGAGCCAGGGAAGGAGCGAGGUAAUACAAAGAGGCACUAGGAAACUUUGGGGACCAUGGAAAUGUUCAUUAUCUAACUUAUGGUGACAGUUUCAUUAUGUAAACGUACAUAUGUCAAAACUUAUAUGCUAAUAAGAGCUCUAAACGUUUUUGAGAUGGGGGUCUCACUCUGUCACCCAGGCUGGAGUACAGUGGUACAAUCUUGGUUCACUGUAGCCUCAACCUUCUGGGCUCAAGCAGUCCUCCAACCCCAGCCUCCUGAG